AAAAAAAAAAAAAGAAAGAAAGAAAGAAGGAAACCUUUAUUUCCAUUCUUAAACAGGAUGGUCAGGCCAGUUUAAUCUGUUGACAAAACCCUGUGCAUGAAUGAGUAUAGGACUUAAAGGGGGAAAAUGUGAUGAGAAAAAAUUUUUGUUUAUCCCUAGACUCUUUUUUUUUUUUUGGCCAAGAAUUAAAUUCGCCUCUGCUUAAUUGCUUUACGCACAUUCUUGUGACAUUGCAUGAUUGGGAGGGAGGAAGGAAAAGAGGGAGCUGUGACUCUGUGGUAUGUAUCUAAACGAGUGCAUUAGUGAGAGAAGAGAACGCAUAGCAAGCUGGUUUGACCAGAAACAGAACUGCUUGUGACAGAUUAAGAGACAAGCAAAGGCUUGGAAUCUGAGAGCACGCAAAGAGAGUGGAAAUUUACUGCUGCCCCGUGUGAGUGUUCAAGUGAUCAUUUUCUGCUAACGUUUUCCGGUGGUAACUGUUACUCUUCAGAGAGAGGGACAGAAAGUCAAGACGGUAUUAUGGAAACUCUUCUCUCUGCCACACUCUGGUAAGAGGAGACACCCUCUAUUAAAUGGAAUAUAAAGUCUGCUUCAUCUAAAGUGCUUUGAGCCCCAGAAAGAGCUGUCUUCAGCACCUCAGCAUGUGUCUAUUUUUCGUUGCUUAGACAAGCCUGGGCUUUUCUUUAACAUUGGGAAUAUUUCUAGCCUUUGCUUUUAUGCUUAUCAGCCAUUUCUGAGGUCUAGCCCAGUAUCUGGCAUCAUUCCAUAUUGGAAGAAGAGAUUUCUAUAGAUGAAAAAAAUGCCUUUGUUUAGUAAAUCACAGAAAAAUCCAGCGGAAAUUGUGAAAAUUCUGAAAGACAACAUGGCCAUUUUGGAAAAGCAAGACAAAAAGACAGAUAAGGCUUCAGAAGAAGUGUCAAAAUCACUGCAAGCAAUGAAAGAAAUUCUGUGUGGGACAAAUGACAAGGAACCCCCUACAGAAGCCGUGGCUCAGCUAGCACAAGAACUCUACAAUAGUGGGCUGCUGGUGACACUCAUAGCCGACCUACAGCUCAUAGACUUUGAGGGGAAAAAAGACGUGACCCAGAUAUUUAACAACAUCCUGAGAAGACAGAUAGGCACUCGGAGUCCUACCGUGGAGUACAUUAGCGCUCAUCCUCACAUCCUGUUUAUGCUCCUCAAAGGAUAUGAAGCCCCACAGAUUGCCUUACGCUGUGGGAUUAUGCUGAGAGAAUGUAUUCGACAUGAACCUCUUGCCAAAAUCAUCCUCUUUUCUAAUCAGUUCAGAGAUUUCUUUAAAUACGUGGAGUUGUCAACAUUUGAUAUUGCUUCCGAUGCCUUUGCUACUUUUAAGGAUUUACUAACCAGACAUAAAGUGUUGGUAGCAGACUUCUUAGAACAAAAUUAUGACACUAUUUUUGAAGACUAUGAGAAGUUACUCCAGUCUGAGAAUUAUGUGACUAAGAGGCAGUCUUUAAAGCUGCUUGGUGAACUGAUCCUGGACCGGCACAACUUUGCCAUCAUGACAAAGUACAUCAGCAAGCCGGAGAACCUCAAACUGAUGAUGAACCUCCUCCGGGAUAAGAGUCCCAACAUCCAGUUUGAAGCCUUUCAUGUCUUUAAGGUGUUUGUGGCCAGUCCUCACAAAACGCAGCCUAUUGUGGAGAUUCUACUCAAAAACCAACCCAAACUCAUUGAGUUUCUGAGCACCUUCCAAAAAGAAAGGACGGACGAUGAGCAGUUUACCGAUGAGAAGAACUACUUGAUUAAACAGAUUCGCGACUUGAAGAAAACAACCCCUUGAAGCCCCUUGAACCUGGUUUCCCGUCACAGUGACUGUCUCAUUUGUUCACUUUGUACAAAAAGCAUCGUUUCAAACAGUAGUCAUUCAGGGGAAGGCUUUGGAGGGGCCUGUUUUCUCCUUCAAUGCAUCGUUCAGGGUAGAUGGACAUAAACAUUUGAAUGAAAAAAAAUGAACUUAGACUAAAACAUUCAUCUUAAUCAAGCCUAUGAUUAUUUAAUGUGAAAUCAGAGCAUUGUAUUAGACAUGGAUAAAAGAAAUCUUAACCCUUUUUUAAAAAAAGAAAUUUUUAACCCUUUCUUGAUGAAAGGCAGCAAAGGUGUGGACUUACACACUUGAGCCUUCAGUCACCAUGAGCCACCAGGUAGUAGAAGCCUCCAGGAUGGGUGUCACUGAGUCCUCCAAGGGGAUUCCCUUGGCAGAGGAGAUCCGGGCACAGGGACCAGAGGCGCAGAACUGUUUGCCCAUCCGCACGUAGACAAACACGUCUUAAGGCACUGAGAAAAUAAGGUCCAUGUUUGGAGUAUUACACACUCCGUUCCCUGCCCGUAUUUUUCAGCCGUCAUCAUUCAUUCCUAGCUUCGAAGGGGUCGAUGCCCACCUCCCAGCUCAGCCCUCCUUCCUGCCCCACAUUCCAGCCCAAAGGAUCUUCUCAGCAUCCAGACUCAUGCACACCCCCACUCCAACCAGGUUAGCCCAGGCACAGAGGACCCACUGGGUAUGACCUGUUCCCUUGAGAACUUGGAGCAGAUGGUUAAGAACCGCAGCUCUGGUUAUAGCCGCUUCUACUUCACACAGACUUCUGUGGGAUUCGUAAAUGUUUGGAAUAUUUCAUUCAUACUUCUGGGGGAAAAGUUUUGUGGUGAAAAGUGUAUUUUAGAGUAGGACUCAUUGCCUUGAAAUACCUAGUGUGUGCAAAACCACAGGUCCAGGGGCUGCACAGGUCUUUAGAUCACUUUUAUAAGUAAGGGAACACUGUCACUGGAAGCACAAAUUAAAUGCAUGCAAAAAAUCCUCAAAUGAUUUAAAAAUUUUUUCAGUUUAUUUUUUAAUAAGCUGUUGCUCUAAUGUCACAUCAAAUUCUUCAGUGAAAGGUAGAAAACCUAUAAAAAAUGUUGGUCUCAAAUACUCUCUUGUCUACUAGGAUGAUGAAGGAAUCAAUUUGUGUUUUUUAAUAAAGGCCAUGGUUUGUUUUCAGACAUCAAGUGUGUAAAACGGAAUUUUAAAGCUGUAUUUACAAAACAUUAAAGGUACAAUUGUUAAUCUGUA